UCCUAAAAUAGAAUUAAAUUUUAGCAAACUGAUAUGAUAUGGCAGUUAUUUCCAUAUAUAAAUAUAUAGACACACGACGUGCAGCGCCUAUUUAUUAAUGCGCACAACCUGAAAACAUUGUUUUCGAAAUAACCAUAUCUUGAAGCCGCACGUACCUGAUCAGAAUUAGUUUCCCUCAGCUCCCAUCGACCAUCUCGAUCUUCAAAGUAAUUAAUCCAUGGAGCAAUUGCAUUCUCUUUCUUACUUUGCUCCUUGUCUUUUACCUUUAUCUGCUGGAUCUCGCCCCAAGCCGACCGAAGGCGUUCGUAUCUUUAAUUCCCUCUCGACGAUGAAAGGCGACGGCGAUUUUCUGUUUUCCAGUGGCUACGAUUUCGGGUAUCUUGUUCGAAAUUGGAAUUUUCGAGGCCAUAGCGGUUUGAGUUUUGGCGCGCUUCCUGCAAAACAUCUGAAUUCAUUAUCACUUUCAACAUCUUCAUGUAAUUUGGCAAACCAUCCUGACAAUUAUUUUCUUCACAACAACACAUCAUCGUCGUCGCCGUUGUCCUUAAUUCAUUUGCAGCUGUGGAGGGAGCAUAUGAGAGCACGUAUGAAUGUGGAGGCCAUGAGUUCUGAUGGGCGACGAUUCCUCGAGAAGAAGCUGGAGGCGGGAGAUCAUAAAUUCAUCGGAGCCAUCAUUGAUGCGCUGAAGCAUGACAUCCACGACUUAAUGGUACAUCAAGUCGCCAAUUUUGUUAUACGCAAACUUUUUGAGGUUUGCACUGAAGAACAAAUGUCGGAGUUGCUUGUUAUGCUGCUAAGUUCCAUCUCGAAACUUGUAUACGUCUGCUCAGAUUCAUUGGGAGCACAAGUGGUACAAACAUUGUUGUCUAAUUUGAAGAGCUGGAAGCAAGUAUUGACGGUGGUAUUUGUAUUUAGUCAGAUUACUGUCCAUCUCGCAAAAAAUCCUUAUGGUCAUACAGUUAUUAUGCACUUUCUGGAGCACUUUCACUUCCAAGAAUAUAAGCUAUUGAUCGAGGCUUUGGGGAAGAAUUCAGUCGACAUUUGUACCAAUAAAUAUGGAUGCUCCUUGAUUCCAAAAAUAAUUUUUUAUGUCGAUGCUGUUGGUGAUUUCUCUUCAUGGACAUUUCUCACUUCUACGGUAGCAAGACAAGCAUUCCCAUUGAAUGAAAAUAAAUAUGGAAAUCAUGUUAUACAAUACUUAGUGGAGCUUGGGAUAUCCGAUGUAACAGGAGCAGUGAUUGACUCGUUGUUGGAGAGGUUCGUGUCGAAAAACUGACUUGAUUUAAAACGAACUAUUGGCCGGAGUGUUUGAAUUUUUUGAUUUUUGUGAAGUAGAAUUAGGACUCUUAGUUACUUUUGACCCUACUUGGAGAUUUUACAAAUUUUCUCUUGUUUUAUUUUGAUGUUUAUAAAUAA